AUGGAUUCAUACGAGCACUGUAUUGACGGAGGCCUCCAAUAUAGCCAACGGGCCAAACAAAAUCGUCGUAUUCUCGAAAAUAACCCCGACUUUGUAGAGGCAAUCCACAAUGGCCAGCGCACGUUCUACAACAUUAGAACUGGUGGGUUCUUUGCAGAUCCAACUGUCGAAUACAAUGAGGGCCACAAAGGCCUCGCAUUUGCCUCUGGCCCCUACAGCUCCCUGAGAAGUGCCGAGAUCCAGCCGCUUCCAUCGACCCAUCAUCGCGGGAGCCUGGAAGCGUACCCCUUCGCCGCUAUGUCAGGAGAUAAAAGCCGAAACAAUGCCAGCGGACCUUGCAGCCGAGAUUUUGGAGUGUGUGGAUCUUUAUGA